GGAUACAGGCUUCUCUGUGGCGCCGCUGGCCACGAGGUGUCGGAGGGGAGGCGCUUACGACUGGACGGGCACGGCUUUGAGGGGGGUUCACAAUGCCGCGAAAACAGACGCGCGAACAUGAGCCCGCGCCCGAAUAUGUGCAGCAAGAUUAUAGGCGCAAAUCUGUUGUGUACCAUUACAUUGUUGUCGGCCAGAAGGUCGACAAAAGGGGGGUUAAUAUGCUACGGUGCACCUUCUGCAAUAAGGUGUUUCAGGGAACCCAAUUCUACGCAACGAAACACUUCACCCAGCAGAAUUAUUGCAAGAAGGUGUCCGAUGAUGCAUUGUACCAGAUUGCGCAGAAAUGCACACACCGCUUCGAGGCCGAUCAGGUACAGAGGGUGCGGCGGUUCGCACACGAGCGUGGUCUCGAGGUCCCGCGGUCGGGUGCGAUGGGUGGCGAGGCGGACCGUCCUGCACAGGGCGUGGGCGAGGGAGAGGAUACCAAGCGUUAUGCGGAGGGAGGUGUUGCGAGAUAUGGGGAGGGUGGGGGUGCCGCGGAGGAGGACGAGGCAGACGUUGACCUAGAGGUUGGCGUGGCUAAGGGGGAGCGGACACUGAGGGGAAAGGGGGGCAUGCCGAAGUCCAAUCUGAUGGCUCAUCCGAGGGCGGUGGACUGGGAGCGGAAGUGCGGGAAGAAGGGCGUCCCGCCUGAGACGACAUGCACGCCGAGUUCUUCGAAGAGUGUUGUUCCUGAUAGAGCAAGCACGCCGGAAUCUUCGAAGAGGAAGGAGCGGGGUGCACAGCUUUCUGGCACCAGUGCAGGGAAGAGGCUGCGGCAACAGAAAAUGAUGGACACGUAUGGUGGCGAGUGGAUUGGUGAGUGGAGGAAGACAUUCUUUUGCUGGGUGUAUUCUAGCGGGAUUGCCUUCAAUGCCUUCCGCAACACGCCGUACCGGGACCUCCAGCAGGUUGCUCUUCGACAACCUGGUGGAGCACUUCUUCCCGUGCUUCCAUCCCCCAGUGAGAUCGCAGACAUGCGAACUGUGGAGAUCCACCGCGAGCAGUUGGCGGAGGAGUUGGAGGAGGAAGUCACGAGAUGGGCGACUGAUCGUGAACUUCCUCUUAGCUGGGUCAAUGCUAUAUGCACUGACUCCGCCUCUGCAUACGUGGGGGCUGGGAGGGUUUUGGCCUCGCCAUCUAUGCCCCUUGAGCUGAGGAGGAUCACUUGGCUCCCGUGUUGCGUCCAUGUCUGCAACAAGUUGUUGUCAGACAUUGGAACGAUCUGCACCUCUUUUGUGGACACGAUCACGCGUGCCCGAGUUCUGGUGGUGUUUUUCAAAACCCGCCAGGCCGCUCUCAGCUUCUUUCGGAAGCGGAGCGCAACGUUGGGUCUCGUGCUUUCAUGCGAGACGCGCUUUGCGUCCGUGUACUCCAUGUUGGAGAGGCUGCUCGCUCUUCAGGAUCGUUUGCAGGGCAUGAUGAUUGCGGAGGACGGUCGGGCUUGGGCUAGGAUCCCGUGGUCAAACGACGUUCGCUACAUGGCGCGUUGGGUGCGCCGACAGAUCAGGUGGUCCCCUUGGUGGGACAGGAUGCGUGCCAUCAAGCACGUCAUGGAUCCUGUCAUGGACUUGCUGAGGCGGAUGGACCGUGGCGGGCAGUUCAUGUCCCUCGUUGUAGAGUGGACUCAGGAUCUUGCACGCCUUGUGCGGGAUGCUUGCAUUCCUCUUGGCCAGUCUUUUUCUGACCGUAUCAUGAGGCGUCUGCAGGCCCGAAUACAGCACAUGCUGAAGCCCGCACACUGCGCCGCGUUCUUACCGAACCCCCGUCGCCGGGAUGUUCAGUACUUCUCCGCGCAGCUCGACCGGUACCACACUUGGCUUGUUCGACAAACCAAGAGGUAUCUGUUGUCUCAGACGGGCCACGACGAGUCGGGUGGUCGUUACCUUGAGGUAUGUCGGCAGUUCGAGGACUUUCACAUGCAGCAGGAUAGGUAUGGGUCUUCGGGCGGGGCAGAGGCCGUGCUCGAGCGCGUAGUUGCAGCGGAGACUGCGAGACUUUGGAGUGUGCGUCGUGGUGGUCUCAGUACGGGGGAGACGUUGUGGAUACAUCCUCCCUUGGCAGCGAGACGAGGGCAUGUUGACGCUCAGGCGAGAUUGGACGUGGAGCCUGUGCGCUCGGGGACGAGGAGUGGGAUGACGGAGGAUGAGAUCGAGGAGCAGGCUGCCCUCAUUGCGCGUGAUCCUAUUGGGUCUUUUGCGCCGCCCCCUGUUGACUCUGUUUUCGGUGCUCGUGCGACUAUCUUCCAUCCAUACCCCGGGGACGAUGACUCUGCGGACGAGAGGGAGUCGGAAGCAGCGGACGACCCGAUCCUUUCCAUCCUGCGUGAGAUUGAUGAGUUGCACGAGGGGGGCGACGUGCGUGACGAGAGGACGCACACCGCGCGGAGGGCGGCAGACCAGCGAGACAUGGAUAUGAUGGGGGGCGAGGAGUUUUUGGGAUCUUUCGCGGGCACAAAGGAGAGAUCACCCACUGCCGCGUGGGAGGAUACGCGUCCUUGCACGACCUUGCGGGAGGAGACGCCUCCUCUCAUAACUGCGAGUGAGGAGCCGGGAUUCCCUGCAUCCGCUCCGCCCGCUCCCGUUCAGCAUGACGAGCGCUCACCUGCACCGGUUGGGAGGGAGGACUUGGGAUCCUCGUUGCGCAUCCGCGGGCAUGGAUCAUUGUUUAGCGUAGCCCGUCAGCUCGUUUUGGACUCGCGUUUAUCGAGCGACUUGGGGGAGAUGGGUGUUCAUAGCGGGGCACCACCGGUGGAGGAGAGGGAGAGACGAGCGGAGGAGCACGGAGCCGCCGGAGCGGGCGGAGUCGAGGGUAUUCGGGGUAUGGAGGAAGAGGUAGCUGGAGUAGUGGGGGGCGUGGUGGAGGUAGAUGAUGGUGCGCACGUCGAGAGAGAGGAGGCCAUGGCGAGGGUUGAUGAUGGUGAGCAGGUUGAGGCAGUGGAGGGCGUGCUGCCAUCGGAGGUUGAGAGAGAGGACGAUGUGGUGAGGACGCAGGAGGCGACGAUGAGGGACGGUGAGGAAGAUGAGGCUGUGGCAGGGGUAGACGAGAGCGUGGCAGGGUCUUAUGGAGCCGAGGGGUUGGAGAUGCCGCGCGGUUCUCAUCGUGAGAAGACAGUCGAAGAGGUGACUCAUGUGAGUGCUAGGCUUGUUCGGGUGAGGACGGGGGCUGCCCAUGUGACCGUGGUGGAGAACGAUCCCGAGACGGAGCCUGCACGUGAGGAGGCCCCACAGGAGGGUGACGAGUACAGGGACGACGAGGAGCGUGAGGAUGAGCUGAGCGACAACGGGGAUGAUGACAGCUACCAAAACGACGACGACGAGCCCUCCCCUCCACCGCGGCAUGGUUCUCGUAGACGACGUGGCUCUCGUAGAGGACAUGAUGACGUAGACGACCCGUCCCCUCCAGGGCGGCGGGAGACGAGGAGUUCGAGGAGGCGAGGGUCAUUCGUUGCGACAGCGCCAGGGCGAGGGAGUGUUUCGUCGACACGCAGCACGAGUGGGGCGAGGCAGAGAGGCAGUGGUAAGGGGAAGGGAAGUCGGCGGUAUUAAAAGCUUCGUUCCCCUUCUAGUGCUUCCACGACGCCUUUAUGUUGUUUGUGCUUAGUGUUCUGACGU